UCCAAUAUGAAAAAAGAAAACAAAUUUUGUUGUUUUUAAAAAGAUAAUUUUAAAAAAAUGAUUAAAAAAAAGAUUACAAAGUUGUGUUACUACCACAUAUUAUCGUUGUUGUGGCUAGCAUCAUUUUUGUUGAUUCAAUUCAAUUCAAUUCAAUUCAAUUCAAUUGCUACAUCAUUGGCUGAUUGCAUAUGUGCGUAUGAAUGUGUGGUGUGUAACCAAAAUUCAAUAUGAUCAAAUUUCUCAAAUGAUUUACUUCAUUAUUAUGAUUCCAUAAUGAGACAAUAUGGCUUUUAAACCACAAGAAUCUACAACAGCAUCAUCAUUAACAUUGACAAAUAAUCAACAAUCACCAGGAUCAAUGGUGUCUAUAACAAUCGAUGAUAAUAAUAAUUCUGAUCAAUCGAAAAAAUUUAAAUUUUUUCCAUACAUUUUUUCUUGUUGUGGUUUUCAACAAUUCAUCAAUAGUAAACGUAUAAAUUCGAUUGAUAUUCUAUAUGCAAUUGGAUCACUUUUGGCUGUAUUAGGUUGUGUUUGGCAAUUAAUUGAUGUUAGUCGAAUAUAUUUUGCUUAUGAUACAAAUGUCAACGUUAUGUUUGAACGUGAAACUGCUGUUGAAAUUCCUGGUGUUACAAUCUGUAUGGAUCUAUUCAAAGUGGCUAAUGAAGAAUAUCUUGAAGAACAUUAUUCAAAACAAUUGAAACAAUUUGUUGAAUAUGAAGAAAAAGAAGAUAAAUAUGGAGCAUAUGAAAAAUUAUUUAAAAAUCUAACACUUUAUGAAAUAUUGAAUAAUGCUACACAUUCCAGUGAAACAAUAUUCAAUGAAUGUAGAGUUAUUAAACCGAUUGCAUUUGAAGAUCAUGAAAAAGAUGAUUAUAUUAAUUGUACAUUAAUAUCAUCUAUACAUGAAUCCAUAAAUGAUGCACGUAAAUGUUUUUCCAUUGGAUUACAAUUGAAAAAUGAAUCAGAUGAUUUGUUUCAUAUUGAUCAUGAUAUAACAAUACGUGAUAAUGGAUUUCCAUUAUAUGAAAUUGGUUUAUUCAACAAAUACAUUGAUUCACCAAUGAUUUUUAUGCAUUCACGUAUGAUACCGUUUCUUGGUUUUAUUGGUGGCCAAACCAAUGGUUUCAGGGUGAACAAUACAAGAUCAUCGUUUCAAUUGUUUAAUUAUGUAAAAACAAUAAAUGAUUUAUUGGAACCACCAUUCAAAUCAAAUUGUCGUCAUUAUGAAGAAAUUGGCUAUAAAUCAUUGAUGCAUUGUAUGAAUCAUUGCAAGUCAGAUUUUUUUAUUCAUAAUUAUGGUGGCCAACAUGGUGAUGUUCCAACGGACAACAGCUAUAAUUUACAUUUGUAUUUUGCACCAUCCAACUAUAAAGAAGAUAAAAAUUUAGAUAAAAUUAUGUCCAAAAAAUGUCUGGCAACAUGUAGUAAACGACAAGAAUGUCAUAGUGAAUUUUAUACAAUAUCAAUGAUGGAUGAUAUUGAAAGAAAACCAUUACAAAAUCUUUAUGAAUUUGAUGUUUAUUUUUCAACCACUGCAAAUACACAUUAUAAACAUCAACCACGUAUGGAAUUUGUGGAAUUCAUCUGUUUCUAUGCAUCCACCAUAAGUCUUUGGUUUGGAUUCUCGAUUGUUGCCUUUUCAAGAAGUGUCGUACAUCUUAUACAUCAAAAUUCAUUGGCCAAAGCUAAACGAAAUAGUUCCAUUUCGGGUAUUGAUCAGAAAAAUCCAAAUGAUAAUUCUAAACUUGAAAUUAUGUAA